AUGUCUGCCAAACAAGUUGCCGGAGGCCACAAAGCCGCUAUCAACAACGAUAGCGUUCCUCAAGAAUCCAAGGAACACUCCAAACAAGUCGUAGACGAAAUCGAGAACUCUGGUGAUGUUGAGACUGAAGCCGCCGAAGGUGAUAGACCCAAGAACGAGGGUAACGUCAUUGGUGGUCACAAAGCUACUUUGAAGAACCCCAACGUGAGCGAGGAGGCCAAAGCUCAUUCAAAACAGGUUCUUUCCGAGAAUGGUGUUGAUGUAGAAGCUUAA